AUGUUCCUCCCACCUCAAUCCGGGCGGCUUUUAGCCCGUCAGAAUGAGGACGACAAGGAUAAGCACAGCAACGGCGGCGGCAAGAAUAAUAUCUUCAUCAUCUGUGCAGCAUGCAUUGUGUUCGUCUUGGCUUUUAUCCUCAUGAUGUACUUCACCUUGCGCGCCCUUCGCCGAAUGAAUUGUCGUCCCAAAUACAUCCCCGGAAAGUACCUCAAGGAUAAAUGGAAUCGAUGGCCGGUCGGCAUUGCGUAUGGUCAGGUUCCCGACGGGGCGUCCCACGCCCGAGAAGGGAGUGGGAAUGGGACAGGCAACAACGCCUCUGGAGGAUCUGAGAUGAACACCAACAGUAACGUUCGUCGCGACACAUCGGUCCGCUCUGUGAUAACACUGCCCGCAUACUCGUCGAGUCCGAAGCCGGAGGAGCAAAUCAUUGCCCGAGAAGGAGAGCGCGGUGGGAUGGACGUGGUCAUGGAAUUCCCCGAGACCGCGGAGGAAGAGGAGGCUCGAAGAGAGGAGUUGAUGGAAUCCCUAUACCAGGUCCGUCAGCAGCGGCGACAGGAAAUAGCCGACCGUGAGGCCCGGCGUCAAGAGCGUCGCGAUGCUCGUGCGAGGGGGGAUUAUAUCCGUCUGGAACAACUUCGCCUUCAGAGUCGCGCCCGCGCCGAAAGUCGCUCCUCUGCCAAUGGCAGCAAUACCAAUUUGGCUGCGGCAUUGAGUGCGGCGGAGCAUCAGUCUCGCGGUCGUGACCGGAGAAUCUCCAGUGUCUCCUACGCAGAGCUGGGUCAGGUUCGUCACGACGGGUCGCGUGUGCGCGCUAGGUCGCCUGAUUCAGAUCGUCAUCCCUUGUUGUCCAACGCCGCUUCGAUAAACACGGACGGGCCUGAUCGGUCGUCCGGAUCGAUCCUGACCAGCGUCCACUCUCGAGGCGAAUCGUACUCCUCGAUGCAGUCCGACUUUUCGGAAACGGACACCUUGACUCGACCUGAAUCUCACGCCCAUUCUACCCACUCGGCUCAUUCGACAGGCCAGGAUGGAGAUGUUGGGGGUCUCAGCAUUCCGCCUCCGGACUACGACCACUUGGACUGGGGGGAGGCACCCCCUUACGAGAGCCCAAUUCUCGACCGCGGGGAGCAGCCUCCCCGGUUACGGGAGUUGACACCCCUGCCGACCAUCCAGAUUGACGUUGCCAGUCCCGUCAACAACACCCCUACCACCCCUACGAACCACCACCCUGGUGACCAGAAUCCUCCUGAAAUACCUCCCAACAACCAACAAACCCAAUCUACAUGA